AUAUAUAUAUUACAACUCCAUUAUACUAUACAUACAGAAGAUAUAUAUAUAUAUAUAUACAUAUAUAUGUAUAUAUAGAUUAUAAAUGGAUAUUUGAAACCCAAUUCAAACCCCUCUUCUCCAUCCUCAUUUGUCUUUAUACCAAAAACCCCAUCUUUUAAAUCCCAGUAUAAAUCCAUGGGUUCUCUUUCUGAUGAUCAAGAACAACAGCUUCACAGAUGGCCAACCUACUCAGAGGCGAUUGAAGAAAUCAAAGCUAUAGGGAAGAUUUCGGGCCCGACGGCCAUAACAGGGCUGUUACUGUACUCUCGAGCCUUUAUCUCCAUGCUUUUUCUGGGAUACCUCGGAGAGCUCGAACUCGCCGGCGGCUCUCUCUCCAUCGGCUUCGCCAACAUCACCGGCUACUCCGUCAUCGCCGGCCUCGCCAUGGGAAUGGAGCCCAUUUGCGGCCAGGCUUACGGCGCCAAGCAAAUGAAGCUUCUGGGGAUAACUUUACAGAGAACCGUCCUCCUCCUCCUCUCCGCCUCCGUCCCCAUCUCCUUCAUGUGGCUAAACAUGAACAAAAUUCUCUUAUGGUGCGGCCAAGACGAGGAGAUUUCAUCAAUGGCGCAUACUUUCAUCGUCUUCGCUAUCCCGGAUUUGUUCUUCCUCUCUUUGCUUCAUCCUCUCAGGAUUUAUCUUAGGACGCAAGGGAUUACGUUGCCGCUGACGUAUUGCGCCGCCAUCUCUGUUCUUCUCCACGUGCCGCUGAAUUUUCUGUUGGUUAAGUAUUUUGAGCUGGGGAUCGCCGGCGUGGCGGUGGCGAUGGUGUGGACUGAUUUAAACUUGUUUCUGCUACUCUGCUCGUUUGUGUAUUUCUCCGGCGUGUAUAAGGAGUGUUUCGUCGGCGGCGUGAGCGUUGACUGCCUGAAAGGGUGGUCGUCGCUGCUGGCAUUGGCGGUUCCGACGUGUAUUUCCGUUUGUUUGGAGUGGUGGUGGUAUGAAUUGAUGAUAAUGAUGUGUGGGGUGUUGGGGAACCCCAAGGCCGCCAUUGCUUCCAUGGGGAUUCUUAUUCAGACAACCUCGUUGGUUUAUGUUUUCCCGUCCGCGUUGAGCCUCGGGGUGUCGACGCGGGUGGGGAACGAGCUCGGGGCGGGGCGCCCCGCGCGGGCGCGGAUUGCGACGGUGGUUUCUUUAAUCUGCGCGUUCGGGCUGGGGGUGGCGGCGAUGGUGUUCGCCGCCGUGAUGAGGCACAGAUGGGGGAGAUUCUUCACGGAAGACCCGGAGAUUCUCGAGCUGACCGCCGUGGCAUUGCCGAUCGCGGGGCUCUGCGAGCUCGGAAACUGCCCGCAGACCACCGGCUGCGGCGUUCUCCGCGGCAGCGCCCGGCCGACCACCGGCGCCAACAUAAACCUGGGAUCAUUCUACCUCGUCGGAAUGCCGGUCGCUAUUCUCCUCGGAUUUUUCCUCAAAAUGGGCUUCCCCGGCCUCUGGCUCGGCCUUCUCGCCGCCCAAGCCUCAUGCGCCAUUCUUAUGCUCUUCGUCCUUUACAGAACCGACUGGAAACUCCAAGCAGAAAGAGCAAAACACCUCACACAAUCUUCUUCUUCUUCUUCUUCUUCGCCACGCCCACAGGCCCAGAAGAAGACGAGAGACAAUCUGGAGGAGAUUUUGUGCAGGAAAGAUGAUGAUGAGGAUAAUGAUGAGUUGGAGAAAUCAUCUGAUGUUACACUUGAAACUAUCCCUCUCAUUUGUACCACCACUACACAAAUUAUUGUACACUAAUUAUUACAAUAACUCCAAUUUUUCAUUUCCUUGAAUCAAUUCAUCAUGUCUAUUCGAUCA